GCCUUCUGGCUACUGUGGGUAGCUUCGAUCACCUUGGACACCAACUUACAAUCUACCAUGCAAGCCGCCAGCAGGUGUUGCGGAACAGUGACAUGUGACGCCAGACUCAGUCUUCUGCUGGAGAUAUAAGAACUCGGAGACACCAAAUUCCACUACUUCUUUUGUGUUGAUGUUGGUCAGCGGCUGCACGUCACCAUCACGUAUUGCUUCUCUUGUUGAAGGAGCAGGCACAGCUCAGAAAACUCUAUUAUUGUUUUGGUGUAUACCUGGCUUCAGCAGCCAGUAGGAUGACCAAUAUUAAAGUCCCAGUUCCAUAGUUUGGUCUAUUGCAAAGGAUUUUCAUACUUGUCUCUGGCAUUGACGCAAGUAACCACCCUAUCCCUACCGUUCGAGCUUUUAUUAAAUCUUAAAGCAAGCUGCAACCAUGUCCCUUCUCACCAACUGGAAUGAUGAGAUUCGGUUUGAAGUAGCCGAUGGCCACUUCGAGAGGCCGGUGCAGGUUCGGGACGUUCAGGCCAUCGUCAGAAGAGCCUUUGACCAGCACCAGCGAGUGACCGUCAUAGGUGCCAUGCAUUCUACCACUGAAUGCAUAGUGGGUACCGGCAUCGUCAUCUCGAUGGAGAAUAUGGCUCGCGUCCUCUCCGUCGAUAGGGAAGGGCUCACUGUUACCGUAGAAGGAGGCGUGACUCUGCGGCAGCUGUGUGCCCACUUGAGAGAGCUCGGUCUCCAGCCUCCUGUGGUCCUGGAAUAUGGCAACUUCCAGAUUGGCGCUAUCAGCGGCACCCACGCCAACGAUACUGCCACCAGACGCUCUGCGCAGUUCUCGUCGUUUGUACUCGGCGUGAAGUUGGUGACACCCACUGGCGAGAUCAUGGAAAUAUCGGAGUCGCGGAACCCGGAAUACCUGCCCGCCAUUCGAUCCCAUUUUGGCAUGCUAGGCGUCGUUUGUGAGGUAACCGUGCGUGUGUUCAAGACCCAGCCACUGCACGUCAGUUUCCAAGUCUCACAUAUCGACACGUUUAUGGACAAUUUUGCAAUAGAGCUGCAGGCUCUGAAAGGUUCCAACGACCAAGUGUUCGGGAUGCUGUUUCCGACCACCGGCAAGCUGGUCUGGCAGUGCCGCAAGUUCUUGGAUCUGACGACACCAAGGCCAGAUUCCCCAACGGCUUGGCUCGAUCCUAUUGAAAGCAAGAACAUUAUUCUGUUUGGGGAUCUGUUUUUGCCUUUGGUGAAGGCCGUGACAACGCUUCAACCCUCGACCGCCGUGGCCGAACUGAUCAAUAAGGCGAUGGUUGACUUGCCGCUAAAGAUCAUCCCUCACAGUCGCUAUACCAUUGAUCCCUGCGAUCGUGGCGUUAUCUACGCCAAAGACGAUCCAAACUUUGAUUUCUAUGACUGGGUGUUUCCAGAGGGGCAAUGGUGUGAGAUGGUUCAGGCGUUCUUACAGCUGAGCCAUCGCUUUCAGCAGCAGCACGGCUUCAUCUUGCCGUUGCCCGCACUGAUCUACCUUAUCGAGCAGGACCAGGCGUCGCUGCUAUCGCGAUCCCGGAGUGCCAACAUGAUGGCAAUUGACCCUUUGUUUCCUGAUCCUAAGGAUCCCAUGUGGAGGGAGUUUCGCCUUGCCUUCAACAACGUUGCCAUGCGUCAUGGCGGUAUCCCUCAUAUCAACAAGACGCGCGACGGAGCGAUCAACCAUUUUGCCCAGGCCCACGACCCGGACAGCAUCCGGCAGUUUCUUCAGAUACGCCAGCAGCUCGACCCCAAUAAUCUGUUCCUGAAUAACUUCUUCAGGGCCAUGUUCGCCAGUUACCUCUGAAACGCGCAGAACAACGGGCAGAGGGGGGGCAAGGAGUGAUUUAGAGUAAAAUCCUGUUAGAUCGGUUGCCGACCACCUGAUCCCUAUUGCUUGCCAGGGUAUAAACUUGUGCCGCCAUGUGCUGCGUUCUGUGUCUCUGUUUUGUAUGUACUGUCUUGUAAUAGUUAUUAUGAAGUACUGUGACUUAUUGCUAGUUGUUAUUCUCAAAUACAAUCAUUAUCACCAGCC